AUGAUGAUCACAGCGCCAUUCUUUAGUGGAGCAGUCGUUUACAAUCCUGAAGAUUCUGAAAUGACUUAUGAAGCCCUAGUUUUGGGACUUGGUGGUGGAGUAAUCAACAGCUUUCUCAGCGAUAUUCGUGUCACUAGCGUAGACAACGAUCCAGUGAUGAUAUCAAUUGCGAAAAAGUGGUAUCAGCUCAAGGAGUCUCCUCGUCAUAAAGUCGUAAUUGAUGAUGCGAUACAUUUUGUCCAGGAUGAAGCAUCUAAAGGCUCGAAGUACGACGUAAUUCUUGUGGAUGUCUGCUACAAUAAGCUAAGAAGCGUGUUAUGCCCAAUCGACGAAUUUCUUAACGAUACUGUCAUUAAGCAAAUGAGCGCCAUCUUGAAAGACCAUGGAGCUAUAGUUGUCAAUGUCAUUCCAAGCCGUGGCACUUCUGCAUACGACGAGAUCAAGCAUACUUAUUCUCGGCAUCUUCCUUCUUGCUACCUAAUGAAAAUUAGCGGUUCGCAGAUUCUUAUUUGUUCUAAAAUCGAAAACAACGCCUGGGAUACUAAUCGAAAGAAAAUUGCGGAAGUUUUUGAGAUAGUAGACAAUGACUUCGUUUUUUCUAUAGCACAGUAUGCUAUAGCAAUGACAGACAACUCUACAAUUAGUGAUCAACUGAAUUAG